AUGGCUUAUAUAAGUAACAAUUAAAUCUGUGUUGCUGAUAAAGAUUCUAUUUAUUUAAUAAAUUUAGAUUAAUAAAUAAAAAAAUAAAUAAUAAUUUGUUAUCCUCAAGAAAGUACACAUUUAGCUUAUCAUCUUAAAUAAAAUUUAUUAGUUUCUUGUGGAAAAGAUAAAAAGAUCUAUUAAUGGAAUAUUGAAGCAAAGAGAAAUAUUGGAAUAUUUGAAGGACAUUAAGGUAAAAUAAAUUCACUAAGUUUCUCUCCAGAUGGUUUAACACUUGCAUCUUCUAGUGAUGAUAAAUUAAUUAAAUUAUGGAAUAUAAAAGCUAAUGAAUAAUUAGAUUUAAAGCAAGGACAUUUAAAGGUAUAAAUUUAUUAGCAAUAUCAAAAGAUAAUUUAAUUUUAGCUUCUGGAAGUCAAGAGUUUAAUAUAAUAUUUUGGGAUUUAUUAGAUAUAAAAUAUCUAAUGA